AUAAAAUUGAGCACUCACCGCGAAUCAGAGAAACGGCGUUUCUUGGGGGUCUGGUCGAAGUAAUCUCUCGCUGUUCGUCGGAGGCGGCCGAGCGAAGCGCGGCGUCGUUCCUUGGUUUCCUUCCCAGUCCCUGUGAGAGAGAGAGAGAGAGAGACGGAGAUGUCGAACACAGUGUCCGAUUCGCGGAGCAACAGAGCGGCGGUUCAGGCGACCAACGACGACGCCUCGGCCAGCAAGCUGUCCUGCGUCAAAAAGGGCUACAUGAAGGAUGAUUACAUUCAUUUAUUUGUGAGAAGACCUGUAAGAAGAUCCCCAAUAAUAAAUCGAGGUUACUUCGCACGCUGGGCAGCUCUAAGAAAGCUUUUAUAUCAGUUUCUUGAUUCUGAAACUGAAGAAAAGAUUCCCUUGAAGAAGCAGAUAUUGUCACUUGGAGCUGGCUUUGAUACAAUGUACUUUCAGUUAAAGGAUGAGGGCAGAGCCCCACAUUUAUACGUGGAAUUGGAUUUUAAGGAGGUAACAAGUAAGAAGGCUGCCAUUAUUGAGACCUCCAGCCAGUUAAGGGAGAAACUUGGAACAAUGGCAUCUAUAUCACGAGAGAAAGGAGAAGUGACAAGUGAUGAUUACAGGCUGCUCCCUGUUGAUCUGCGGGACAUAAAAGGGUUGGAUGAUAUUAUAGCAUUUGCUGAUAUGGACCCCAGCUUGCCAACAUUUAUAAUUGCAGAAUGUGUCUUGAUAUACUUGGAACCAGAUUCAAGCCAUUCAAUCAUUGGUUGGGCCUCAAAAAAAUUCUCAACAGCAGUAUUUUUCCUAUAUGAGCAGAUCCAUCCAGAUGAUGCUUUUGGGUUGCAAAUGAUUAGAAACUUGGAGAGUAGAGGCUGUGCUCUCCUUGGUAUAUAUGCUACACCAACUUUAUUAGCAAAGGAAAAACUCUUUCUUGAUCAGGGAUGGCAGCGGGCCACUGCGUGGGACAUGCUGAAAGUCUACAGCAGUUUCAUUGAAGCCCAAGAAAGGCGCAGGAUUGAAAGGCUUGAAAUAUUUGAUGAAUUUGAAGAGUGGCACAUGAUGCAGGAGCACUAUUGUGUGGCUUAUGCAAUCGUUGAUGCGAUGGGGCUGUUCAAGGACUUCGGUUCCCAGCAGAUCAGCAUAUUAGCUCAAGCUCUCAGCAAGCAGCAUCUCCGUGAGUCGACACCUCGAAUGCUCCGUGGAAAUGGGAGAACGAAGCAAAUAUGGAAAUGUCAUAGCUAAUUAAUUAUGCAGGCGUCCUGUUUUGUUAUUGUCAUACCAACACUUGUGUGCUCUUAGAUGACUCUACGAAUACAUGAAGAGCUGUGUGUACCUUGGCUUGCAUUUUUCCCUCUAUAUAUAAUAUUACUUAAUGCGUUCACAUUGGUUGAU